AUGGCGGCGGCCGGCGGGGCGCGGGGCCGCACCAGCUUCCAGCGCCGGGCCGGGGCCGGAGCCCGCCCGGCCGCCCUGCCGGGCACCCGGCCCGCGCUGCGACACGGUCAGCUACUGCUCUCCAGCGGGCUGCCCUCCCUCGACUGUGUGCUAGGUGGAGGCGUAGCUGUUGGAACCCUUCUCUUAUUGGUUAAGGAAGAUAAAUACGACCUUUACUCCAAUUUGUUGUUCAAGUAUUUUCUCGCAGAGGGAGUUGUCUGUGGACAUGACCUGUGUGCUUCUGCUAAAGAGCAUCCUGACAACAUCUUGAAGGAACUUCCAGCCCCUUUGCUUGAUGAUACCUGUGGAAAGGAAUUGGGAGAUGAAACAGCAGCUGUUAAGUCUGAGGAUUUUCAGGAUUCUAUGAAAAUAGCCUGGCGCUACCAAAAUUUACCAAAAAUGGAGGCCAGCCCAACACCAUAUACAAAGUUUGGCCAUUAUUAUGAUAUUUCUAAGAAAAUGUCUCCAGAACUGAUCCAGUCCAUAACAUGGCACAGCUUUUACCUUCACGAAGAACUGUCUUCGCAGCCUAAAAUGAAAACAUGUAAUAUGAACGGUGCUUAUGUGAGACUGCUUCAGUCCCUUCAGAGGAUCAUUUCCCAGGGAGGGUUUGAUGGCUCAGAUCCCCAGAAAAAACAAAAGAAUGUUUUGAGGAUAGGAAUUCAGGGUCUGGGUUCCCCGUUGUGGGGUGAUGACAUUUGUUGCAGUGAUACUCCUGAAGAUGUUCAUAGCCUUACAAAAUUCCUUUAUGUUCUCCGUGGCCUCCUCAGGAAAUCUUUGUCAGCCUGCAUCAUCACAGUUCCAGCUCACCUUAUCCAGAAUAAAGCAAUUAUGGAACGUGUAACAAACUUGUCAGAUAUGGUAGUUGGUCUUGAAUCAUUUAUUGGCUCUGAGAGAGAAACCAAUCCAUUGUACAAGGAUUACCACGGUUUGGUUCAUGUACAUCAGAUUCCUCGGCUUAAUAGCUUGAUCUGUGAUGUGUCAGACACGAAGGACCUUGCUUUUAGAUUAAAAAGGAAGCUGUUCACCAUUGAGCGGCUGCAUUUGCCUCCAGACUUGUCAGACACAGUGAGCCGCGCGAGCAAACAGGACCUGGCAGGAUCCGCCAAACUGCUGAGCUCAGGAUGUGGUGCGAUGGCCAUCGGCAAGAAGCACCUGGACUUCUAGUGAUUUCUCCUUAGCAGUUUCACUCAGAUUUAUAUGACACUCUAAUUAUGAGUGUUAAUGACUUAUAUAAAUAUUUUUCUUAAUGAUUUGACCCAGCACACAGUCUUUAAAAAUACAUGUUGUCGUAUGAUGCCUUCUUUUUUUUUUUUUCUUUUCUUUUCUUUUUUUUUUUGUAUGCUGGUUUCUUUGUACUGAUUUUGGUCUUGUUUGGGUUUUUCCUUUUAUGUUGGGUCCUACCAUUGUUCUGCUCCACUGGAAACAUACAGUAUUUUGUUCCUUUCCUUAAAAUAUGAAAAUUACUGUUACCGUUUUCAUUUCUGUAUUUUUUUACACUAUAAAAAAUGAAGGGAUUAUUUUUCCCAAUAGAUUUUUUUUUAUAUAGUUACAUUUAAUAUUUUGUAUGAAUAAUGAGUUGGAUGGUUUAUUGCAAUAAAGGAAUGAAACUAAGCAGUUCAUUGUCACGUGUUAUUAAGAAAGCAAACCAGAUAGUUCUAAAAACAUUCAUUUUUGUAAUUUGAAAUGCCAUUCUCAAAUUUCAGGAAAUCUUUACAUUAGUUUAUUAAAUAUGUAAUAAUAAAUUUAAAAUACAUAAGAUAGUUUUUAUUCUAAUAUGCCAGUAAUUAAGAAUGGUUGUUUUUUAAAUCAGAUUAUAUUACAGAUAAUUGCUUUUCCUGAUGGUUUGCUACAUGCAUUAAAAUGCACUUGAGUGGAAUUUACUAACCAGAGAGGAAAGAAUUGAUUUCCUUAUGUAGUUCAAAACAGUAAUCCUAAACAAUUGAAGUCAGCACUAUGAAAUUAUGUCAACAGACAUAAUUCAAGAUUGAAAUUCAAACCGACAGCUACAUUAAUGCUAGGAAACCAGAAGAGUGCAUUUGAGCUCGGGGAAGGAUAUCACAGCAUGCUGGUCUGAAGCAGGGCAGAAUGUACAAGUAAUUCAGGCUUCUCUCCCCUCAGAUAUACAAUUUGUGAACUUCUAACUAUUCUGUGUGUAUCUCUGCGUGUCUCCCAUCACACAAAGGAACAGUAAAGCAAAGCUGACCUGUGAAUUAAAGUGGUUUGCAUUCUUUCUUCUGGGGCUGACUUCCAUUUUGAAAGGUAAUAUCUUCUUCUCUGCAGAACUUCCAAGCCACCCAGCUGUAAGAUUGCAUUACAGUUUCAAAAUUUAGUCUUUAUAAUAGUGUAUUACAUGGCUGGAGUGAAAUUGAGUCUUCAAAGAAUGUGUUAAUAGGAUGCAAUAAUGGUAACAUAUUUUGAUGGGUUUGGAACCAAGAGUUGGGGAAGUGGUUUGCUUUUUUUUUUUCCCCUGCAAUCCAGGUUCUACUUUAUUUUUUUUCUCAACAACGCUGUGUAAAACAAAGACAUAGCUUUUAAAACUGUCUAACUAAUAUGAUGAAUGUCAAUCACUUAAAAAACUCCACUGUAGCAUAAACACAUACUGUAUACAGCUUUUAUUCUGAAUUAGAAUAAUUGAAUCAAUGACAGUGAUUUGCCAGGAUGUCAAAUCUAUCCAUCAUAUCCUGUCACUACCAGUUUAUUUUUUGUGAUCAAAAUCAAAAAGACUACUAUUUUGUCAUCAACUAUUUCAUUAGUAGUAACAAUCAGGUUUUCUCUUCUAUAUUUUUUAGAUAUGCCUGUUAUAUUUUUUAUUUCUAAAGACACAAAUCCUUUUUAAAUCUUUUCAAAAUAAAGUUUCAGACCUGAACUGUCAGUUUAAUGAAGAAAAAAGACAUCUACUUUCCUAUGCAAACAUAUUUAAAAUAUUAUCAUCGAUGUCUCAAACAGUUUUUCUCUUUUUGUAUUAUAUGUAGCACUGAAUGGAAGUUCUCAUUAGAUACUCUAAUUGUGCCUUCUGAAAGCAUGAAAUAAUUUAAACACUUGGGAUAAAGUGAUUUUUAACAAAGGUGAAGUUUUACAUAGUACAUCUUUUUAAUGUAAAUAACACGAAACACGGUAUUUCUUUGUGGAAUAUAAAGUCACAAGACAUAUAAAUUGCUGACAACAUACUUAAAUAGGUCAUUCACUUAACACACGGGGGAGAAAAUACCAUAAAAGUCACAGUCCAUGCCUAGUUAAUGUAUUAACUGAAAAUUGUCAGCAGGCAGCAUAUGUAUCCCAUGUAUGUACAUGUCUAUAUGUGUGUCUCAUGCAUCCAUGAAACUUCAGUUUCCAAAACUUCAGGAGGUUGAUAUUAAAGCUGGCAAAUAUUUUGAGCAAUAAAAGAAACUCCUCCUGCAAA